GGCGAGCAAGUUCAUCAAUUUGUUAUCAAAAGUAACUUAAUAAUAUUAAAAAGAAACGUGUUUCAGUAAGACUAAGCUUUUUGAUCCAUUUCUGAAAGUAAAAAAUAUGACAAAUUGCUUAUGAAAAGUAUUAUUUCAGUGCUGUCUACUUACGCGAGGUUUAGGUACUGUCACUGGUAAAGAAAUAUUAACAGUAAAAUAUAUUCUAGAAUCAUGGCCAGUCAAUAAUUAGAAAUAGGCUACUUUUGAGCUGAUUAUUUACGUUCGAGUAUUGUUUUGUUGAUGAAAUCUUAGUUCUUUCUCAGAAUUUCUAUUGGGUAAGAUAUGUAAUCACGAACAGCUGGAAAAUGUAAUUAUAGAAAAUGAUGUCAUGUUUCAAGUGAAAUAUUUGCUAUUUUUCUGUCAUCGUUCCAAAAUUCGAAACUAGUGUGUAUUCUGAUGUUUCGAUAUUAUUAUUAUUGUGAUCAGUUGAGUUUCGUUUUGAAAAACGCUCGUUUAACAAGUACGAAAAUAUUGAAAAUGAAUGAAUACCAUAAUAGUACCAUUUCAUCGGGUAAUGAAUUAAAUGACCGAGGACUUCAAUUCCUCAAUUCAGGAAAAUAUGACGAAGCAAUAAAUUACUUCAAUAAAGCGAUUGUGAGGAAUCCAUCGGUUCCUGCAUAUUUCACUAACAGGGCGCAAUGUUAUUUGAAGUUACAGCGUUGGGAAUCUGCUUGUCACGACUGUCGGAAUGCUAUAGGUUUAGAUUCAAAUCAUGCUGAAGGUUACCAUUUCUUAGGUUUAGCUUUAUUAGAAUUACAACGUUAUGAUGAAGCUAUCAAAAACAUAUUAAGAGGUUAUUUUGCUGCCAUGGAGCAAAACCAAGUGUCUUUCAAAAAUAAUGAUACUUGUAAACAAGUCGAAUCAGCAAUAAAUAAAAGACGAGCCUCUCAAGGCAAGAAACCGAUCGUCGUUGUAGGGUUCUCAACCAGGUCGAGCCAAGUAAAUAGAAACGGAGAAAGAAAGGAGGACAGAGUAGUGAGAUUAAAAUUCAGAAAAGAUGGCUGCUUGAGCAAGUGUGGCUCUAUUUUUUCAAGCGCAGAUGAAACGUACCACGUUUAAAAAAUAUUUAUGCAUACCUACUUGGAUUUUCAGCCACGCUUAGGUAUUGUAGGUAUUUCGAGACUUUAUUCCGGUUGUAUGUAUGCAUUUUGAUAGUUAUAUGAAAUGGCAUUUAUUGUACUUGGCAUGGCUAAUCAUAUUUUUUGUUUUAUUGUCAAGAUCUUUGCAUUUACGUUACCUUUAUAAUUAUUUAUGUACUUGUAAUCUCAAGUGCAAUCUAAAAUUGUUGAAGUGAAGAAAAGUGUUACUUACAAUACAUAGAUUUUUUUACCAUUAAGAUUUUAAACUACCUACCUAAUAAAUUUUACGCUGUUGAAUUUUGAUUAUUACUUAGGAAUAGGUAAGAUGAGGUGCAUGUACACCAAUGGUUCUCAAAUGAUGUUACGAUGGGAGGAGAUCAGACAUAAGUAUCUGACACAUUGAAAUUUUUCUGUAAUUAUCACUAAUGGAAUUUUUAUAAUUUUUUUUCUUCGCCAAACGACCUCAUGUUAAUCAUGUUCUAGAAUUUGGAUAAAAAAUGCAUCACUCAUUGAAAAAUAGGAAUCAGUCAUCAAUACAAACUAGUCCAAACAAGUUUUUAACUAUUACUAUUACAAUAAACCUACCCUUCAAGGUUGCUUCCCUAGAUUAUCAUUUCACUUUUAUAAUUGUGUACGCGUUUUAUUUAAGGUUGACAGUUUUUCAAUGCAAUUAAAACACAUUCGUCAUUCAUACGUGACGAAAUAGUUAUAACAUAUUUUUAUUUAGUUUGUGUUAAUAAUGUAGUUUAGAAAACUACAUAUUUGUACACAUGUAAACAAAACACGAAUCCAAUGGAAAAGUAUUAUUAAUAGGUUCAUUUGUCUCAGUUAAUUUGCUGAACUUGAACCCUACUGACAACAACAGGUGAAAGCAUAUUGAAAAGAAGUGCAAAUACUCGUACUUUACAUUCAUCUAAAUUUCCCAAGAUGGAAGACCCAAAUUGUUUGGAAGAUGCUAUUAAAAUGGGAGAUUACUAUCUAAAAUUUGAAAAAGAUGAUAACCUUGAAAGUUUUUACAAGCAAAAAGCAGCAGAAGAAUUGAGAGAAACUCCCGAAGUGAAAAAAAAUGCCAUUGAAGAACUAAAACGUUUACUUGCAGAAGAUUCAAGUAUUGAUGUUCAAUUGGACGACGAACAUAUAGAUUCGUAUUUGUGCGCUUAUUUGAGAAUUUGUAAAUUUCACGUUCGCAGUAGUCUAGAAAAAAUAAAAUAUUUAUUUCACUGCAGAAUAAAAUACCCGAAUUAUUUCGCCGAUAUAAUCCCCAUCAAUGAAAAAAACGUAUUUCAAAAUAAUUUGCUCACGAUUUCUCCUCAACGAGAUCAACAUGGCCGUCGAGUUUUAAUCCUACAAUUGGGAAGUAAAUGGAAACCGAAUCAGUGCUCUUUGGUAGAAAUAAUCAGAGGAAUAAUGCUUUUGAUCGAGGGCGCAAUGUUGGAACCAAGGACUCAGAUAUCUGGAGCUGUGUUGAUUGUUGACUUGGAGGGAAUGAGUUACCAACAUGUUCUGCAAUUUUCUCCUAAUUUUGCGAAAAUGCUACUCGACUGGAUUCAGGAUUCAAUGCCUUUGAGACUGAAAGCAGUACAUAUUGUUAAACAAUCAAGAAUGUUCAAUGUAGCAUUUGCAAUUUUCAAGCCAUUUAUGAAAGAAAAACUUAGGAAGAGGAUUCAUUUGCAUGGAAAUAAUCAAACCUCUCUACAAAACCAUAUCGAUCCAAAAUACCUCCCUGUUCAAUUCGGAGGUAUGAUGAAUGUUUCCACGGAUGAGGGAUUAACACAAUGGAACUUCUUCUGUCAGUACAAUGAACGAUAUAUCAAAACGAGCAAAUAUGGUUUCAAGUCAAAGAAAGAUGAUUCAAAAAAAUAAUUACCUACUUGAAGAUAUUUAUGAUGCGAUAAUUAUGUAUUUUAGUAAAAUAAAAUUCAAUGUUUUUAUAGAAGUUGAAUAAAUUUUUAUGUAUUACCGACACAA